AUGGGGGGCUUCAUCAAAUCAGUGAAGAAGAACAAGGUGGGGGCGGUGGUCGUCUCCGUGUUCGAUUGGUAUCCCUCCCACUAUCCAGCAGCGGAGAAGAAGCUGCUCAAGAAAUUGGACCUCGCAAUUCUCGUCUUCGGAAGUUUGAGCUUCUUCUGCAGAUUUCUCGGCCAGCAAAACAUCACCAAUGCAUACGUCUCAGGCAUGCGGGAAGAGCUCGACGCACGCGGCAAUGAGCUAAACUACUACGUCGUGGCGUACAAUACGGCCUACGUAAUUGGACAAAUCCCUCUCAUGACCCUCCAGACCAAGGCCAAGAUUGCCCCGUUCCUGCUACCUUCGUUGCAAAUCAUCUGGGCAGUCAUCGCCUUCUCUCAGUCUGAGAUCAAGAAGAACUGGCAUUUGUACAUCUUACGGGCCAUCACGGGAUUCCUUGAGGCUUCUUCCUUUGGGGGCACUCAUCUCAUUCUUGGAAGUUGGUUCAAGAACGAGGAGCUCUUCAAGCGUGCCGGCGUCUGGUUCAUGGGCAACUCUCUCGGCUCCAUGUUCUCCGGCUACUUGCUCGCAGCGAUCCACCGCAACUUGAACGGCGUCAUGGGACGUUCUGGAUGGCGCUGGCUUUUCAUCGUGCAAGGCAUCAUCACUUUGCCCAUCUCCUUCUUGGGAUUUGCCUUUUGGCCGGGACUGCCCUCCUCGCCAAGGAGAUGGUACUUCACCGCAGACGAGCACGCUUUGGCGGUGAAGAGAAUCCCGACCGUCGAGCAGGAAGGGAUCACCUGGAAGACGUUCAAGUACACGCUCUCCCGCCCAAUGUGGUGGAUCUGCGUUCCCUGUUACAUCUUCUUGUGCCAGGCACAUUACUGGACUGGCUAUAUGGCUUUGUGGCUCCGGAGCACUGGUUACUCGAUCGAACUGGUCAAUAUUUUGCCGACCUUCAUCGAUCUUUUGCGCGCGUUAUCCUCUUGGCUGGGAACCACGUUGGCAGGUUGUCUGAGCAUCCGCGGGCUCUGGACUUUCCAAGCAUCCUUCGUGCUCUUUGCGUGUAUCGUCUUGUCGGUAUGGAAUGUCCCAGACAUCCUUAAGUUCUGCGCGUUCUACUUUGGAGGCUUCUCCGGAAUGGCCUCCCCAAUCUUGUAUUCCUGGCUCAAUUCCACUCUCAAGGAGAACUACGGUGAACGCGGUCUCAUCAUCUCUUCCAUGAUGACUCUAGGCUUCUGCGGACAGAUCUGGGUACCACUAUUCACGUUCCCGACCGUAGAGGCACCACGGUUCCCACAUGGAUACCCCGCGGCGACCGUGUUCGAGGUCGCCAUGUGGGCAUUCUUGAUGUUUGGCACAUGGUACAUGAAGAGAUGGAAGUUGAAGCAUCCGGACCUGGAGAUGAGGCUGGCAAAUGAACCCACUGCACAAGAAGACUCUUCGACCCUAGGGUCCGACUCUGAACGACCCGACGUCGAGGCGGCUGUCACGCAAGACAAGGGGAAAAGAGAGGAGGUGGUGGCCGCUCAGCCUUUGGCCGUUAAGAAUUGA